AUGGUGGAGUCUUGUUUUCAAGAGGACUUUUUGAAAGCAUGGAAUAGAAGUGUUUCUUCGGCAGUCUCAACUGAUGCUAAAGACCGUUUAACCAACUUGAUGACUUUUCUUAAAGCAGAAACGGAGGGCGAAGAAAGAAUUAACUUGGCUAUGGCUGGUUUUGGCUUGGGUGCAGAUGAAAAUCGCCAAUCAUUUAAGAAAAAAGUAAGAGAUUUUCCAAUGAAAAAGGUACCUACAGCUGCCAAUUUAUUGACUACAGCUUCAAAAGAAGUGAAGAAAGAAUGUGUUUUCUGUACUGGGAAACACUCGAGCCCAGACUGUUUUCAAGCUCAGAAGAUGAGUUUGGCUGAAAGAUAUAAUAUUUUAAGAGAGAAGCAAUGUUGUUUUGCUUGCUUAACACCAAAGCAUACAUCUCGUUCUUGUAAGGCAUUUUUAAGAUGUAUAAUAUGUGGGAAAAAGCAUGUCCCUCUUAUGUGCGAGUCUCUAGAGGCUAAGAAUCAAGAUUCAUUCAAGAGUGAGAAUAAGAGUCCAAAUGUGGAAGUUAAUAUGGCCAACAACACUUCUAGUCCCAGGGUGUUCCUCCAAACGUUUGGCAUUUCGGCUGAUAUACGGAAGGCCUUCUUACAAAUAAGUCUAUAUAAGGAGGAUCGAAAUUUCCUGCGAUUUUUGUGGCACAGUGAAGAAGGAGAACUCAUACAUUACCGACAUUGCCGAGUGGUGUUUGGUGUUUCCAGCAGCCCUUUCUUGCUUGGGUCAACAAUCCAAUACCACUUGGAGAGAAAGUUGGAAGAAGCGCAGCAAGGCCGUGGAAGAUACCCUGAGUGCAUUAUUCAAAAGUUGAUGAACAGCUUUUACGUGGACAAUUGUUUAGCAAGCGUCAAAACCCAGUCGGAGCUAGAACGAUUUAUUGAUGUAGCCACGGAGAUCAUGGCUGAUAGAAAAUUCGACUUACGAGGGUGGGAGCACUCUAGCCCAUCUGAUCCAAUACAAGUCCUACAAUCAUCCUGGGAACGAUUUGGGACAGACAUUAGUAAAACUAGAAUUGCACCUUGUGGAAAAAAGGAAACAACUAUUGCAAGGCUGGAACUUCUUGGUGCUGCUAUAUCUGCUCGUCUUUCUUCCACUCUCUUGAAAGAGUUUCCAACAGACAAUGUUUAUUUCUGGACAGACUCUACUACUGUGCUGGCUUGGUUGAAGAGAGAAGAACCGUGGGGUGUAUUUGUUUACAACCGUGUUCAAGAAAUUCGGAAGCUGACACCAGUCAAAGCCUGGAGACACGUUCCUGGAUCACUGAAUCCAGCGGACUGUCCGAGUAGAGGGUGUUCAGCGAAGCAGCUUUGCAGUUCGAAAUGGUGGGAAGGUCCCAGUUGGUUGUAUCUUUCGUCUCAUGAAUGGCCUGUUAGUGAUGUUGUAGUAGAUGUCAAUGAGGAAGAAGUGAAUAAAGAGAGAAGAGCUAUCGUGACCUCUAUGGUGAAUAUUCAAACAACAGAUAUAAAGAGUGAAUAUUUUUCCACCUAUAGUAGAAACAUCAGAGUAGUGGCAUGGAUUCUACGUUUUAUUCAUAACGUUUCAAAUGCAACCAAGUUAAAAGGAAGCUUAGUCUAUGAAGAAUUCAGACAAGCAGAUAUUUUGUGUUUCAAGUCCAUGCAGUCAAAUGCUUUUCAAGAUGAGAAACUUCUUGCUAAAAUGCAAGCAUUUAAAGAUGAAGAUGGGCUUCUGAGAAUAAGAACCAAACUGGCAGAUAGUUGUGAGAAGGAAGAUUUCAAGUUCCCAAUUCUCUUACCUGCCAAUGAUGUUGUAGUGAAAUUAAUUCGAGAGGAGCAUAUAAAAGCGAUGCAUGCAGGCUCUUCAAUAUUACUCGCCCGGCUUAGAGAGAAAUUUUGGAUAAUUAGAGCCAAAAGAUUAGUAAAGAAGGUUCUUUCUGAGUGUGUGAUUUGCAAGCGUUAUAAAGCUAAACAUCUUGAAGUGCCCUUCGCUCCAUUGCCUAGAGAUAGAGUUACUCAGACAAAGGUAUUUGAAGUAACAGGAGCAGAUUAUGCAGGUCCUCUUUAUAUUAAGUCGAAAGGAAAGGCCUGGAUUGUUUUAUUUACUUGUGCUGUCUACAGAGCGGUGCAUUUUGAAUUAGUCCGAUCACUCAGUACUGAUACUUUUAUUCAAGCCUUAAGGCGAUUCAUUGCGAGAAGAGGCAGGAUUUCAGUACUUUACAGUGACAACGGUACUAAUUUCGUAGGGACAAAUAAUGCGUUGCGAGCAUUAGAUUGGGAUAAAAUUGCUGUGUACUCAACUGCUCAGAAAAUCACUUGGAAAUUUAUCCCACCCACAGCAGCCUGGUGGGGUGGAUGGUGGGAGCGUAUUGUGAGAAUGCUCAAAGAGCUUUUACGUCGAGUGUUAGGAAAAUCUAUUAUAAAUUAUGAAGAACUCCUAACCAUCUUAUGUGACUGUGAGUCAAUAAUCAAUGCUAGACCGUUGACAUACAUACAAGAUGAUCCAAAUGAAUUGCUACCUUUGACCCCAGCCAUGUUUAUUCACGGAAACAGCAACUAUGAAACGCCAGAUUUAGAUAAAGUAGAUCGAUCUUCGUUGGUAAAGCGCACCAAAUAUUUGCAGAAGUUGCGUGAAGAUCUUAGACAAAGAUUUAGAAACGAAUAUCUUGCUCUUCUGGUCCACAGAGGAACAAGGAAAAGUGAUGUUUUAGAAGUGGGCGAUGUUGUACUGAUUGGUCAUGACAAUAUUCGACGCAUUGACUGGCCUCUUGGUGUUAUCUUGGAGGUUUAUCCUGGCAAAGAUGGUGUCCCUAGAGUAGCGAGAAUUAGAAUCUCCCAUGGUGAGAGGAUCCGUCCCUUCCAAAGGCUUUAUCCAUUGGAAGUGUCAGCAAAAACUGAAAUUGAUGUUUUGAAGGCCCCAGGAAAAAGUGGCUUAUCUGUUGAGAAGACUCCUGAUUUACCUACUGACCAUGUUCCUGAUUCACCUACUGACCAUGUUCCUGAUUCACCUGCUGAUCAUGUUCCUGAUUUACCUGCUGACCAGGUUCCCAAUUCUCCUGUUGAAAGGACUGAUAUUUCUGAGGAGAUACACCAUACCAAAACCAGAUUAGGAAGGACCAUAAAAGUUCCUCGUAAAUUGGACUUGUGA